AUGCGAAGUGAUUCCUUUACUUCUUCAUUUGCUCAGCGUCAUGUAGAUGUGAACCUCGAUGCAACUCAAGUAGAAUUACAUAAAGAAUCGCGUUGGUAUUCUGGCUGGAAAGCUUUUUCUGAAUCUAAUCCAUAUUAUAAUAAACUUUUGGACUGGAAAAUGCGUAUUGAUGAGAGUGAAAAUAUUGUUUUUCGUGGUGUUCGUUCAACAAUGGAAAGGAUUCAGCUUGCAUUUACUUCACAAGAUGAUGUUUCCAUAGUGUUAACAGAAAUAUCAAAAGUUGACCCAAACUUUAAUAAACAUAAUUGGCUUAGGUUUUGUGAAAAAGAAAUGAUUCCAAACAUUUUGGAGGCAGUUAUACAAAUGAAUGUUGAUGUGUUAAACGAUUGGUGUUAUGAAAGAGCGAGUUAA